UUAAGACUGUUUGGUUCAGAAAAAAUUAAGAAGGGGGAAAUGGAGAAUUUUUGUCCCUUCCUCCUUCCCUCCUUCCUCAUCCCUCCCAAAUUGUCCUCUUUCGGGGGAGAGAAUCAGAAAAUUUUUCUCGUAUCCUGGCAAAAUUGUCCAUAGCAUUUUUUUAAUUUUUUUCCCCAGAUAUUCCUGUGACGCCUUUUUAACUUGUGAACGGCAACCCCUUUCCUUUCUCUUCCGGGCGUUGCCUUUUCCUUCCCGCAUCGACCCGUCGCCUCUCCUCCCCCCGUCGUCGCCGCCGCCACUUGGUCCGGCAGUCGCCGCCGCCGCCUCUCUUCCUCUAUCCAUCUUCAUUGUCGUCAGGUGACUUCAUGAUCACAUUGGACAUCGAUUGAUUGAUUUGUAUUACCUGUCCUAUGGUGAUCUUCACUUUCAUUAGACUGAUUGCUUGUGCUUUUUGCCUCUCAACCUUGGUGAAGUUUGAUGUGCAACCUUAUGUAGACAGCUUAUACCUCUCACUCCUGUUGUUUGAGGUAUUAACGUAGAUGGGAUUGGCCCAUGGCUCUGAAGUUCAUACCAUAGCAUUCUUGUUGUGUGUUGUGAGUCAAUCCCUGUUUUCUCCUCUCGUUUUGUGGUGUGCGUUGACUCCGUCGAUCUCGCUCAUCCCCUCUGUUCUGUCCAUUUCAGGCAAGCUUUUGGAAUCAAGUACUUGUUCAUUGGAUAGUGUUUCAAGUAUCAUCAACUCUCAGUCCGGGGCUUCAUUUUCCAGAAAUUGAAGCCCUAGACAAAUUCUAUUUUCUUGGAUUUGAAUAUUCUGGAGUUCAGCGGCAUAGUGGAUGGUCUUAUUCAGGAUAAAAAAUUCGACAUGAGAAUGCAAAAUGUCUUAUUUGGCUCAAGACACAGAACAUUUCAUAGGAUAUUUAAUUUCCUUUGUUCUGUGGCCUUGUUUUUCUUCUUUUACAAUUGGGAAGAUGUCGUUCGUAGCCCUCUUCUUAGGCAAUCUGCAUAUUUGGCACACCAUCAUUUGCCUCCAAGAGCAGUGAUUCGCCGGCAAAUGGUUGAAAUCAGCCUUAACUCAUCAAGGCUAGCUGUUGAGCCUCAUCAGAAUAAUUUGACUGCAAAUAGUGCUGAACUUUGUCCUGGGUUAUUCGUCCAUGAUGGUUAUUCUGGCCCAUGUGAAUACUUAAAGGCGAAUCCACAGUGUAAUUCAGGAGGAAGUUUUGAUCACAUAAGAUUUUUAUAUUGUACAUGUCAAAAUUUUCGUGGGCUGGGCUACCUAGUGUUGGGUAUAUGGCUAGCUGCAUUGUUUUACUUACUGGGGAACACAGCUGCAGACUUCUUCUGUCCAUCUCUUGAGUUUCUCUCGAGGCUCUUGAAAUUUCCUCCAACUGUUGCUGGGGUUGUGCUCCUUCCACUUGGAAAUGGUGCACCUGAUGUGUUUGCCAGUAUUGCUUCCUUUGUUGGUACAGAUGCAGGGGAUGUUGGGCUUAAUAGCGUGUUAGGCGGUGCUUUGUUUGUUACCUGUGUUGUUGUUGGGACUGUCUCUCUUUGUGUGUCCGGUAAAGGAAUUCAAAUUGAUAGAAGAUGCUUUAUAAGGGAUGUUAGCUUCUUUCUAUUCACUCUUUUAUCACUUUUGCUGAUGCUGGUUGUUGGUCAAGUGGGAGUUGGGGCAGCCAUUGCUUUUGUAUCAAUUUACAUUGUUUAUGCAUUUUUUGUUGCUGCAAAUGAGAUAUUUUGGAAACAUGCACGAAGGUUAAAAUUGGAUGCUGUCACACCAAUGCUUCCUGUCCGUGGAGGUAUAUUCGCCCUUGGAUCUGAAGAAGAGUCUUCCGUAUAUAGCUCUUUGCUUGACAUAGAGACGGACAAUGAUCCUCCCCAUCUCCCUCCUUCCUUGCCACAGUGGAUGUGGUCUUCACAUGUUGCUAUCUAUUCAAAUCAGGCUAAUAUGAUAAAUGAUGAAAGGCCUCCUUGGGGAUGGAGUGAUGGGAGUGAGGAAAACAACCACUCGACCUUCACUGUAGCAAAACUAUUUUUACUGAUGGAGAUGCCACUGACAAUUCCUAGACGGCUAACAAUUCCCUUGGUCCAUGAGGAAGUUUGGUCAAAAAAGUAUGGUGUGGCUAGUGCUUCACUGGCUCCAAUUCUCUUGGCCAUUUUGUGGAACACUCAAGAUAAUGUGGGUUACUUGAGUGCUAUACUUUCCUACCUCAUUGGUGGUGUUCUUGGAUGCACACUUGGUGUUCUUGCCUAUAAAUACACUUUACCUGAUUAUCCACCGCGCAGGUUUUUGGUUGCUUGGGUUCUUGGAGGAUUUGUCAUGAGCAUAGUGUGGUUCUACAUGAUUGCAAAUGAGCUUGUUGCUGUAUUGUUGUCAUUUGGUGUAAUUUUAGGAGUUAAUCCAUCUAUCCUGGGAUUAACUGUAUUAGCAUGGGGUAACUCAAUGGGGGAUUUGAUGUCAAAUGUUGCAUUGGCAAUAAAUGGAGAAGAUGGAGUUCAGAUUGCUUUAUCUGGAUGCUAUGCAGGUCCCAUGUUCAACACACUUAUUGGUUUGGGAAUCUCAAUGCUGCUAGGGGCCUGGUCUGCAAAACCUGAACCAUACACGGUUCCCGAAGACCGAAGCUUAUUUUACACUAUGGGAUUUCUUAUCUCAGCACUGAUCUGGGCUCUUAUUGUUCUACCUCGCAAUGACAUGCAUCCUGACAAAAAACUAGGAGUGGGCCUCAUCACCCUUUAUAUCAUAUUUCUUUCUUUCAGGUUGUCCACUGCUGUGGGGCUCAUUCCAGUGCCUGGCUUAGCUUGACAUUUGAGAAGUUGAGAGUUGUGAUCAAACUGAGCAUGGGUUCUACAUCUAUUAAGACCACAAGGUCAUCUGCUGUAUAGUUUUUGUCUUGCUUAGGGCUGAUUUUUUAGACUAGAGAAAUUCCUUGUUCUGAAGCUGCUGUAUGUUUUACCAGCAAAAAUGCUAGUAGUUGUACAUCCAAGACAACAUUUACAUGUAGGUUGAUCUAAUAAUAUGUCUUCUUAUGCUUCUGUUCUUCC